AUAAAAGUCUGAAGGAACGGAGGACGGAGGUUUGACUGUCAGUUUGUGACUGCGGAACCAGGAACAGCCCUUUAGAUUAGCUGUUACAUAUUAAAGUGUCUCCUUCAGACCAGGUGUGUGCGGUUUCUCAGGUGUCCUCAGGUGUGUCUCCGUCCCUGGCGCGAUGCCGUGGUUGCUGUCCUCUCAGGUCGAGCUCGUGUCCUCAUCUCCGUCUGAGCGUCAGUGCGAGCGGACGGCGUUCUCCUUUUACUGCGCGGUGCGUGAGCGGCUGCCAGUCUGGCUGCUGGAGGACAUGCGCAGAAUGGAGGUCUUCUGCUGGGAGGACGGACGCCCUCGAGCCUUCCUGCCGUCCGAGGCGCUGCUGUACGCGCUCGUGCACGACCACCGGGACUACGCACGUUACCUGCUCAACAGGUACUCUGCGAGCGCGCUGAGAGCGCCGCGUUGCAGCUUCUGCCGCCGCCGCAGCAGCAGCGCGCAACACCUGAACAUGGCGGUGCGUUACGACCGCGUGUCGAUCCUCGGCACAAUGAUGGAGACGCUGAAAGACUUUGACACGCCGAGCGAGCGCCGGGAGUUCCUGGACGGUUGCGGCGGCGGGUGCUCCCACGUCGCUGACGCAGGAAAGACUGCGGUGCUGCUGGCGGUGGAGCUGUCGCGCCCAGACUGUCUGCUGCUGCUGCUGGUUCACGGCGCGCGGCCUGACGGACUCGACGCCGCGCUGCAGACGCUCGUCUCAUGCGACGCGCCACAGCGACGUGACGCGCAGCGCUGCCUCGAUCUGCUGCUGCUGUUUCUGCCUAAACCGCUGCCACUGCGCCGCCUGCAGGAGGAGCCGCAGCGCUGGCAAAGCUUGCUGGGUAAUGAAGUGUUUGGCUGGCUGUGUGGUCUGGCCCCACCCCCCCUCCUGCUGCAGGCUCUCAGGUGUCUGGCCCGGUCUGGACCUGAUCAGAUCAGCAAGCUGCCAGACUUCCUGCAGCCGCACAGCUGGCAGUGACGUCACCUGUCAUGUGCAAACAACAACGUAAACACCUCAGGACUGUUGUGAUUGGACGUUUUCUCGAUGAUGUAAAUACAAUGUAAAUAAAGACUAAAAAGCGAGCUGAUCACUUAUCAGUGAUCAAUGAUGCUGAGUCAGUGAUGACCUGACUAGUCCGCCAGCUGAAAACCUUGUAUCUCCGGAGCGUCAACUAAACAUGAAAGUUCAUCUGAAACGACAGGGUUUAGGACCCCGAGGACAGGGAAGGAGCAGCUGUAAGUCACCUAAGUCACCAUACCUGGAGAUAGGAGGUUUUAACUUGUCUGUCUGAUCACUUUUAUUGAUUGAGCUCUGAGUCUGCAUGUGCUCACAUAGACAUCAGAAUCAGGUUUUUGGAUUUUUAUCAAUGUGGGGGCUGCAGCAGAUAACGCAACAUUUGAGCUUUAAAAAAUAUUUACAAUUUUUAGCAGAUAUGCUUCUAUUUGAACAACUGCUGUAGUUUAAGUAUGAAAUGUGUUAAAUGUGACAUAUAAACAUGUUUCUACCUCAGUGUCCUGAUGUGCCCGAGUCACCUCAGAUUGAAGUGUAGUUGAGCUCAUAAACAGGAACAAACUGAACUGACCACAGUGGAGAGGAACACUAAAGAUCCAUCACCCCCCAGUCAUAUUGAUGAUGUCGACCAUAUUUAUCCUCCUCCUCUGCUGGAAGUAUUUCAGGUUAAAGUUCAGAAAAUGACAGCUACAGUAUAUAUUGCACUGCCACAAUGAACACCUGAUGAACAAAACUGAUCCCAGUACUUCUUUGUGUAUGAAAUUUAAAUAAACCACUUUACACGUGAUCAUUCAAAAUACUUCAAGUUCUCCUCUCAGAAACUGUUUCUUCUCUGGGACGUUUUUCACUUCACUGUGCAGAAUGAUAUUUGUUCAGUUUGUUUUCACCUUCAUCUGCUGGAGGAGGAAAGUUUUUCUGAGCUUCAUCUUAAAUCUCAGUUUAGCACCUGAAGGUACCUGUAGGAGUUAUGACAACACAGCUAGUUUGGAGCCAAUCAGGGACCAGUAUAAGGUUGACUCGGUGUGACGUGGAAACUAAACCUCCAGAUCACAAACACUGAGACUUUACAGUGAAGCAGGAAACUUCUGGCGUCCAGAUGUUCCAACUUUAGAAAUGAACAAUAUUUACAGAUUCAAGGAGAUUAUAUAGGUUCAUUUAAACGUUAUUGUGGAAAAACCAUAUUAGGCACAAAUUAUUAUUCAAAGCAGUGUAUUUAAUAUAUGUUAAAACAUGUCUGGAGAGAAUCUAAGUUCUGGUUGUGUAAAACUAUGGAGAUUAAUCCAAAUGUAAAGUUGCAGGCCAGUUUUUAAUCAGAGACACCUUUGACUCAUCUCAGUUGAACUGAGAACAAAAUAUUCAACUGAAUCCACGAAAAACAGAAAUAUGACUGUUUCCAGUGAGAGGGUUUGGAUCUGUCUGUACAGUAACUGGGAGGUUGUGUGUGUGUUAAAGAUGUUUGCAGUUUUUAAUUAUUUAUUUUAUUGUCCUCCUCUGGCUCAUGCCUUCGAUCAUCACUGUGAUCAUGUUGU